CCUCCGUCGACCAAUCCAACCUCAUCGGGACCGAUUCCGACAAUCACAUCAACGCGUUAGCUUACUCGGAACUUGACGCGUCUCUCUCUGAGGUUUGGGAACAUCGUACAUCCCCAGCAUCAAGCGCUUCGUGAGGUCAUUGCGGAAAUACAGGACGACUCCGAGGAAGUGGAAUUGAACAGAAAACAUUAUGGGUGACACGCUUCUCUCGAGUUAUUCGUUUGGAGUCGAGGAGGUCUAUCGCGUCAAAUGGAGCUCGAGCUCACCUGAUCUGCUCGCCGCUGGUACUUCGAAUUCACUGCAAAUCAUUCGUCUGGAUCAAGAUUAUGCGCCCUCCUUGGUCACCAGUUUCAGACUCGGGACCCGGGUCACGCAUAUCAGUUGGGGACCGACGGUGAUGUCGGAGGAUGGUAAAAAUGUAACCAUACGAAUCGAAUUAUUAAUAGCCUGUGCGGACCAAAACAUGCGCCUGCUAACUUACCAGGCUGCCACCGAUAGCCAAUCUCAAAGAACUUCAGUCCAGUGCUUUGGACAGAGCCACUCUGGCCAUUCGGGACGGAUCACCUCGGUAGCUUGGUGUCCGGUGCCCGGCUACGCAAACGUGAUCGGCUCAGCGGCGACCGACAAAUGCGUGCUAAUUUGGAACCUUGAGUCGAGUGCCGAGGGUGGGAACCCGGACCUGCCGUCGAGCCCGCCGGCGCCGACGCUGAUCGGACCCUUCAAAUCCACCCCGGUCACGAUCAGCUUCCAUCCGACCUCGUCAAGUCGGCUGAUGGUCUACGAUGCCAAUGGGGCGAUCAAGCUCAUCGACUGGACCAAGCCCGAUCGACCGAUCAUCAUCUGUCUCAUCGAGCCACGUACGCUUGUCAACAAGCUCUACAGCCUCGGCCAUGCUAGCGAUCGCUUAGGGAUGGCUGAUUGGAAGGUCGAUGAGGCCGACGUCUUUGGUGCGCUCAACGGUAACCGCUGGGCUGUCUGGGAUAUGCGCUCCACGCGCGCUGGUACCCCGUUGGCUGCCGGUGAAGUCUGGGGACCGGGUGUGGUGGCUGAUGUCUUCCGAUGGUGUCCUACCAAUCCUCGGAUGUUUGCUAUCUCCACAUCCUCGCCCAAUGCCUCCAACUCCGGCUCAGGAGCAAUCCAGGUCUACUACUUGUCCUUCCUUCAAUCCCCUCGGACCGUUCAACUUCCCGGCCACCCCACCCAAACCCGGACCCGGGUACACGAUAUUGAAUGGCAGCCGAUGAGUCCCGAGGCCGAUGUGCUCUGUAUCGCCACCGGACGGCAAUUGGUUUGGAUGAAACUGGGGACGAGGGAGUCACAGAGAUAAUUGAUCAAGCUAUCGGAGUAAUUUCCUAAUCUGCACAGCGCACAUCGUCUUUUGGGCCCACUCAUCUAACCAAUCCAAAUCGUAAAAAGCUAUGUCAACCACAACAAAUUGAUGCCCCCCCCCCUGUAUUCACAUACAUACUCAACAUGAUAAGCCAUCUCUAGUGAUCCUAUUGUAAUAAGUCAGUUAAUCCGUUACUUUGGGAAAACAUAGGAGGGUUGUGUUUGGGUGAACAGUAUGGAGUCUGUCUAAUAAUAAGAAAACCGAAGUUUUUGGUCUAUUUCUUAUGACA